UCUCUCUUAAUCAUAUCUCACACUUUCACAUUUUUGGUUAGUCUAAUUGAGAUGCAUUGAAGUUAUUGACAUGGAUAGGUAGCAUAGCAGAGCAAGCCAAAAACAAUAUCGUCUGACCGACCAUUCAACGGUAUUAACAAAACAACCUCAAACUAUUUGCAUUUCUGAAUUUCAUUUUUCUGUUGCCUUUCUCAUGAAAAAGGGCUGUGGAGACUGAGUGCUACCCUUUGUUUUCACUCUGGGUGGUGUUCCAUUUUUAUGAGGAAUUUAAGCCUAUUAGUUUUAUUCCCUUGGCAGUUAGCACCAGAGAGUGGCAACCCUUGUUCCUGUUCCAUCCAUGUCAACCUCGAUAGGUUCAUCCCUUACAGAAGCACAAACGACUGCAGAAGAUCAAGUUCCAAAGAUUGAACUGCUAACAUGGACCGAUGAUGAGUAUGAUGGUGUUAUUGUGGAAAUGGACAAACCUAUGGAUUCUGCAACCUUUUUGUCUAUCCUCAGGGCUUCAAUUUCACACUGGAAACAGCUGGGCAAGAAGGGUGUUUGGAUAAAAUUGCCUAUUUAUCUGGUCAGUCUAGUUGAAGCUCUAGUUCAGGAAGGAUUUUGGUAUCACCAUGCAGAACGAAAAUAUUUAAUGCUUGUAUAUUGGAUUCCUGCCUCUGCAGAUACUAUUCCAGCAAAUGCCACACACCGCGUGGGUGUCGGAUCAUUUGUCGUAAAUGAAAAACAAGAGGUCCUAGUGGUUCAAGAAAAGACUGGACAUUUUCAAGGAAGUGGAGUCUGGAAAUUCCCUACUGGCGUUGUUGAUCAGGGAGAAGAUAUUUGUGCAGCAGCAGUGAGAGAGGUCAAGGAAGAAACAGGAGUUGAUGCUGAAUUUGUGGAAGUAUUGGCAUUCAGACAAAGUCACAUGUCAUUCUUUGAGAAGUCAGAUCUUUUCUUUGUGUGCUUGCUGCGCCCUCUUUCUUCUGACAUUCAAGCACAGGAACUGGAGAUAGAGGCUGCAAAGUGGAUGCCAUUUGAUGAGUACGCAGCCCAGCCAAUUAUGGAAAAGUAUGAGCUUAUGAAGUACAUCAAUAAUAUAUACUUAGCAAAGAUAGAUGGGCAAUAUUCUGGAUUUACUCCUGUAUCUACUGUGCCAAACUUCUCUAAGAAAAAUAUCUAUCUUUAUUUGAAUGCUGGUGGCCUGAAGAAGAGCAAUUCUUUGUAAGCAUCGACAAAGAUUUACACAAUUACAAUGGAUUCAAUCUCAAAAACUCAUUAUUAUUUGA